UUUAAAAUAUUCUUUUUGUAGAAAUAUCAUGUUGGAUCGAAUCCCAACAGUUCAACAGUUUCAGAAGAAACUCUUCAAGAAGAUGGAAGAUGGUUUCAUGGAGCUAGCUAAGAAGAUUGAAAAAAGACCUAAGUUGACAAUUUUUCUCUCCUUGCUUGUUUGUGUUGCACCUUCUCCCGGUCUUAUCAGGCUAAAUUAUGAACAGGAAGCGAUCAAAUUAUGGAAUUCGGAAGCAUCGGAUACAAGGAUAAACCAUGACUGGUUGAUGAAAGUCUACCCUCCUGAUACCAGAUAUCAUUCAAUAAUUUUCAAAGCUGAAAAUGUACUAAAGCCUGAUGUGUUGUACACUAUGUACCAAGUACACAGGAUUAUUCUGGAAACUAGAAGCAAGAAUAAUAUUACAUGGGCUUCAAGCUGUCAGAAGGUUCCAGUCAUAAUGGAUCCAAGUUUAUGGAAAUCCUCAAAUGGUUCAAAUAUAUAUUCCAGUAUAAAUGUGUCCACAGCGCUUUCUGUAAGUGUUGAUCUCUACCCUGAUAUUUAUUGCGCUAUUUUAGACUCGUUUACUUCUGCCUGUUUGGAGCUGAGUAUCUUGGAAUUGUUUGCAAGACAAGGAGAAUAUCAAGAGAAGGAUUUUCUCAGUUUAACUGAUGAGAGUAUAGUAGAUGUUAUCAAUACUAGAACUACAAGUGGAAUCUUUAAUGUCAACAGAAACUUUAGUAAACUCCUUGGAGGCAUUACAUAUGAUAGAAAUGGACGAAUAAUAGGGGCUCGGACUGCACAAAUGGGAUUAGUUGCUCGAGUAGAUAAACAGGAGCUCAGAGACUUCCCUGUCUCAGACUCUAUAGAGGUAACUUCUAGUCAGGUUCUAGAGUUUGAAUACAGUUUGAUUGAGAGCUUACUUGCAGGAAACUAUACUCAAGGAGUUCAGGUUUAUCCUAAUAUUCAGUUGUCCUUCGGUGAAGUUUCCAACAGAAUUGCUCUGAAGGAUUGCUAUAAUUUCAUCCCUGGUGUUAUCCUUCAGUUUAUUUAUCUUUUUAUCUCAGUAAGAAGACCUUGGUUUGUUCUGGCAGGUUUAGCAACUGUAGGAUUUGCUACUUUGGCAACAAUUUCAAUAGCAAGCAUUGCCAGUAUAUCCUUCACUUCAUUAUCAUUGAUCCUACCCCUCCUACUUCUAGGUAUUAAAGCAGGAUAUACUUCAUUAUCAUUGAUCCUACCCCUCCUACUUCUAGGUAUUAUAGCAGGGUAUACUUCAUUAUCAUUAAUCCAACCCCUCCUACUUCUAGGUAUUAUAGCAGGUUAUACUUCAUUAUCAUUGAUCCUACCCCUCCUACUUCUAGGUAUUAAAGCAGGAUAUACUUCAUUAUCAUUGAUACUACCCCUCCUACUUCUAGGUAUUAUAGCAGGAUAUACUUCAUUAUUAUUGAUCCUACCCCUCCUACUUCUAGGUAUUAUAGCAGGGUAUACUUCAUUAUCAUUGAUCCUACCCCUCCUACUUCUAGGUAUUAUAGUAGGAUAAUUUUAAUAUUUAAAU